AUGCACUCGCAUAGCAACGCCUUCACAUUGGAUUACGCGCAGUUUUACUUUAGAGCGGUGCCAAUUAGUGGCCAACAGCAGCAACAACAGCGCCAGCAGCAGCACCAGCAGCUCGUGCAGCAGCAAUUGCUGGCCCAGCAGCAGCAGCAACUGCAGAUCCAGCAGCUGCAGCAACAAUUGCUGCUGCAGCGACUUGAGCGGGAGUUGCAGCAAAACUACGCGGCCCUUAGACAGCGCUGGCUCACCGGCUACGAGCAGGAGCAGCAGUUGCAGCACCACCAGCAGCUCCAGCAUCUCCAGCAGCUCGAGCACCACCAACAGCUCCAGCAGCACCAGCAACAGUACAGCUACUACUUCAGUCGCGGCAGCACAAGCACCGGCACCGGCAGCGGCCUGGGUCUGGGACUGGGCCUGGGCUUUGGUCUGGGCAGCGGCAACCUAGCCAGCUGGUACCACCUGCCCUCCACCUCGGCCCACAUCUACAUCGGCACCACUAGCAGCAGCACCGGAGGAGCCGGAGGUGGCGCGGAUAGCACUGCCUACCCGUAUCCAUACCGAAGCUUGGGCACCUAUUCCGGCGGCGGCUAUCCGGCGGCGGCGCUAAUAAACUUCGAUGCCUCGCCCACACCACUGCUAGCCUCAGCGGGAACCUCACCCGGCUAUCUACCGCCGCUAGCCGUUCCAGCGGCUUUGCCGCCACCACCGCCGGCGCCCAGCGUAGCCACCGACUAUUAUUUUACCAGCCGGAGUACACGAACAGUUCCACCACCGCCGCCGGCACCACCAACGCCGGCAGCGGCAGCAGCGUCAGCGGUAACAGCGGUAUCGGCGGGAGCAACAGCAGCCGCCAGACUAUCGCCGUUCCGGGAUUAUAGUGCGGCGGAGGAGCUGCAAGCUGGCUAUCGCUACAAGGCCACGCCCCGCAGGCGGUACGACGCCUACGACAACUACGGCUAUCUGCCGGGCUUCGCCAGCACCACCGAAGACGAGGAGGACCUUCUCGAGGACUGCCUGCCCCAGGCACUGCUCUCCACCGACUGCUCGAGUCUCGAGGACGUGCGCUUCUUUCACCUGCAGGAGGAGGACGAGGACGAGGACGACGAGGAGGUGGCCACGCAGCUGGCGCACAUCCUUGACCUGCCUGACUUUCUGCAUCCGUACGGCGGCAGCGGCCGGGACGGCCUGCACAGCCACAAGACGCCGCCGCAACACGAGUACCAGACGGAGCACGGCUCAGCCGCAGCGGGAGGGGCAGCAGGAGGGACAGGCGAAGUGGGUGGCGGAGGUCAUUCGCAGCGCAUCUCGGAGGAGCAGCGUUACCAGCCCUACCAAUACCAACAACAGCACCAGCAUCAGCAACAUCAGCCGCUUAAUCAGCAGCAGCAGCAGCAGCAGCGGCAGCAACAGCAGUCGCAAUAUCCACAGCAAGGUCAGCAGUUCCAGCAGGCGCAGCAGCAGCAGGCGUACCACUCGUACCAAUAUCCUUCGCAGGACAGCUGUGAGGGCUUCAACCACUUUGCCACCAACGCCGGCAGUUGCCUGGGAAAUCAGAGAAUGAUGGUUAGCAAAUUGUGGAACAGCUGCUUCCCGGAGUUCACGCCGGACCAUGUGCAUCGCCACAACUUUUAUCUGUGUCAGUGGCAACGCAACACUCAGGUGCGGAUCGUGUACCUCUUCUACCGCUGGAUUACGGCCAUCACCUGUCUGGCGGCAUUGGUCUGCUCCUUGCUGGACAUUGGCCGCACCGAGGAGCACUUCGAGCACCACUAUGCCAAGUGGUGGAUCUACCUGACCCACUGGGGAUUGCUCUUCUGCACCGUGCAGGCCUGGCUGGCCGCCUGGAUCGUCACCCAAGGAAUGAUGGUGGAGCGGGAGGACUUUGAGAUUGUGCGCCAGGCGAAGAAGAGCCGCUUGCACCACCUGUACUGGGUGCUCUACACCUGUGCCACGGUCUAUGCGUUCAUUGUCACCAUGUGCUAUUGGCUUCUAGUACACAAUCCAGAUAUUCACAAGAUUGAUACGCUGAACAUCAUGGUGCACGUUCUAAACUCGAUCAUAAUGCUCAUCGACUUGGCCGUUGUGGGACAUCCAAUCAAGAUGAGCCACGCCUACUUCACCACUGGAAUUGGCCUGGCCUAUGCCAUAUUCACGGGAAUUUACUUCUUGGCCGGCGGCACUGACAGGAAGAACCAAACUGCCAUCUACCCGAUGAUGGACUGGACCAAGCCGGGCAAGGCGAUCAUUGUGACGGCCUGCGCCAUCAUCUUCACGUUCUUCGUGCACUUCUGCUGCUACCUCCUCUACCGCGGCCGGGUGUGGCUCUUCACCAAGCUCUGCAUCCGCGGGCGGCAUAACCGCGACGGCGAAAUGGGCGAGGGCCUCAACGACGACUCGGGCUCCCGCAUGGGCGGAGGCGGUGGCGUAGGUGGAGCAGGUGGCAUUGGCGGCGGCGGCGGAUCAGCUGGUGGCUCGGCGGGUGUCGCUGGCGCUGGGGGCAGCAGCCAGGAGUAUGCACACCAGCAGCAAUACCCCAUUCCCCACACUGAGCAGCCGCGGGCGGGCAGCCACCAACAGCAGCAGCAGCAGCCGCCGGGCAGCUACCAGCUGCCGCCGCAGUAUUCCGGCUAUCUGCAGCAGCCGGUGGUCGCCGGUGUCAAUGUGGGCGUAAUCAGUGCCGAGGGCGUAUAUCAGCCCAUUGGGACCGAUGCCGGACGCACCAGCGGAGGAGGCGGUGGCGUCGACGGCAAGCAUAAGACCACCUCGGGCUCCGGAUCGGGAACUGGACAGGGCCUGGGACAGGGACAGGGACAGGGAUUGGGACAGGGCCAGGGGCAGGGUUCGGGAUCGGGAUCGGGCUCGGCCUUGACGCGCACCGUGGCCCAUUUGGAGGCGUCGCAGCGGGAGCAGUUCCUCAACCCCAACAAGAUUGUCGAGUACAAGAUGUAAAGGCGUUGCACCCGGCACCGGUAUACGUUCCACUUGUCCAUGAAGUUUCUGGAGAAGCACUGUGCCCAGUGCGAGGCGACGCGCAGCGCCGUCUGCGAGGAGCAGCGUCACUUGGCGGAGGUCACUGACUCGACCUUGGCCCAGGCACACGAGCACAGUGGUUAGUUCUUAGAAUUGCUUUGGAGGCGUCUGUCUAGAUUUCGAGUACCUACCUGCCAGGCCAAUCGAAUGAUCGAUCGGUCGCCCCCAAAAUCAGUAUUGCACUUGGUAUUGUUGUUUGGCAAAGUAGUUUGUAACCGUAGUUUCGUAAUUUUGUAAAAGCUUUGCCAAUUUUUUAAAUGUGUAGACGCUUCUCGGCGGGCAGGCCAGGGCCCGCAUAUGUAGCAUGAACUAAGUUUAGAAUACUAGAGAUGUUCCUUUAAGACGAGGAUUUAGGGUAAUCCCUUCAGCAAGUCGUUCCAACAAAUUUAAAACGUUUUAAUGGACUAAGUUGAACAUGUAAUUUAUGUGUUAAAUCCCCUCAUAUACAUAUGUAUGUAUUUAUUUGA